GUCACCGCCUGCGCCCGCGCCGCCCGCCCUCGACAACAACGUAGACAGCCCCAACUGGCAGUCCUUCCACCCGACGCUGCGCGAGAGGAACGCACUGAUGUUCAACAACGAGCUCAUGGCCGAUGUCCACUUCAUCGUGGGCCCCCUGGACGCGGCCAGGAGGGUGCCCGCCCACAAGUACGUCCUGGCUGUGGGCAGCUCUGUCUUCUAUGCCAUGUUCUACGGGGACCUCGCAGAAGUCAAAGCUGAGAUUCACAUUCCUGAUGUGGAGCCGGCGGCGUUCCUCAUCCUGUUGAAGUACAUGUACAGCGACGAGAUUGACUUGGAAGCCGACACUGUGCUGGCCACCCUCUAUGCUGCCAAGAAGUACAUCGUCCCCGCCCUGGCCAAAGCCUGUGUCCACUUUCUGGAGACCAGCUUAGAAGCAAAGAAUGCCUGUGUCCUGCUCUCCCAGAGCCGGCUCUUUGAGGAACCUGAGCUAAGCCAGCGCUGCUGGGAGGUCAUCGAUGCCCAGGCUGAGAUGGCGCUGCGGUCAGAGGGCUUCUGUGAGAUCGACCGGCAGACUCUGGAGAUCAUUGUGACUCGAGAGGCCCUCAACACCAAGGAGGCUGUGGUCUUCGAGGCCGUGCUGAGCUGGGCCGAGGCUGAGUGCAAGAGGCAAGGCCUGCCAAUCACCCCACAGAACAAGAGGCACGUGUUGGGGCGAGCACUCUACCUGGUGCGCAUCCCCACCAUGACCCUGGAGGAGUUUGCUGAUGGUGCAGCCCAGUCAGACAUCCUGACCCUGGAAGAGACCCACAACAUUUUCCUGUGGUACACGGCUGCCAAGAAGCCCCCCCUCGAAUUCCCGCUGACCAAGAGGAAGGGCCUCGUCCCCCAGAGGUGCCACCGCUUCCAGUCCUCAGCCUACCGCAGCAACCAGUGGCGGUACCGGGGACGGUGCGACAGCAUCCAGUUUGCAGUAGACAGGAGAGUUUUUGUGGCGGGGCUGGGGCUGUAUGGCUCCAGCUCAGGAAAAGCCGAGUACAGUGUGAAAAUCGAACUGAAGCGGCUGGGCGUUGUGCUGGCACAGAGCCUGACCAAGUUUGUCUCCGACGGCUCCAGCAACACCUUCCCCGUCUGGUUUGAGCACCCAGUCCAGGUGGAGCAGGACACCUUCUACACGGCCAGUGCAGUCCUGGACGGCAGUGAGCUCAGCUACUUUGGGCAGGAGGGCAUGACGGAGGUGCAGUGUGGGAAAGUGACGUUCCAGUUCCAGUGCUCAUCCGACAGCACCAAUGGGACGGGUGUGCAGGGCGGGCAGAUCCCAGAGCUCAUUUUCUAUGCCUGAGGCACUGGCGUGGCAUACCACAUAUUGGCCCUCAAUUGGCCGCCCACAGUGACCUUAAAAGGAGGCUUCACCUACUUUGUAUCUCGUAUGUAGGCAGCUGUGAAAUAGAAAGUUUGUCCACACGGCCAGAGCCUUGUUUGUUUCGAGGCCUCACCGGUAUCUGCUGUCCACUGGGGUAUUUGUUGCAGGCAGAGGGUAGCCUUUGGGGGGCAAGGCAGGCCCUGGCAUCCUCCAAGUAGCAUCUACAGGCCUGCUCUGAGGCACUGGUUAUGCCCCCAAUGUCUUGGAUUUUAGGUAGUUUCUAAGUUUAGGGGAGUCACUUAAAUCCGUUCAUCUAUUUAAGUGGUUUUCAUAAUAAAGUUCUAAUAAAACGACA